AUGACUCCCAUUCGCGAUCUCUCCUCUUCCGCCUCGGGUCCCACCUCUCCCUCUCCUGGUGAAGGCAUUGGUGGAACCGGGGGUGAUACAGAGGGCGGACUCCAGAAAAACGAAAGUGCCGUAGAGAACCAAGUUGAUCGUCUCUGUAAUCGACGUAUCGAACUCCUUGGACUCGCUACCCUUGGAGGAGGACUAUUCAUUGGUCUCAGCGCGGGGUUGUUGGCUCCAGUCAUCAAUGUAGGGCUGAGGACUGCGUUUAGCACUGUCGGACUCAUCGGGAUAUCAAGGUUUCUUGCUGGGUCGGCUGGAGCAGCAGUGAUCGCCGCUAGGAUCACAGGUAAAGCGACCUCCUCCUCACGUCUCUUCCUCUACCUCAACUGCACCCGGAGCCUCUCCUGUAACAUUCCUCCGAUGCCCCUCUUCAUCCUUCUUCUGAACCGUGGAACUCGCAAUUCCCAUAAAGCUCAUGAUUUCGUUGAUUACGAGAACGCAAAAUUCGCGCCUAGGCGAUGA